AUGAGCGACCAUAUUACAUCUCCUGCGCAGCAGGCAGCUGUACCUACCGAGGACCCCCCUGCGCUUCAGCACGGCGCAGGCGGCCAUCAUCACGACGACCACAACGACGCCCACCAGCACCAAACCCACCACGAAGGAUCGAUUCACGAGAACAGCGAGAGAAUUAUGGGUGUUUUCCGCGAUCAGAUGAAUGCUCUCGCCGAGCAGAACACCCCUGACAGCUCCGAGGAAGCUUACAAGAUCGCCCAUAUGCUUCUCGAGCGCGCAGAGCUCCCUUUGGCCAUUCGCGCUCGUGCACACAUUGUGCUGGCUAGCGGUGAGAUGGACUACCUCUACCACGCACAAGAAGCCGUUCGCAUCGCUGAGAUGGGUCGCCGGAUCUAUGGUCCUGGAAAGACACCUGAAGCUCGAGCUGCUGUCGAAAACCUGUUGUGGGAGGCUCGGGAGGUGCUCCGUCGCGCCGAGCGUGACAUGAAGGAGCUCGAAGACAUCAGAGCCAGGAAGAAGGCCGGAACUCUCAAGCUGAAGAAGGGCGAGAAGAUCCUUUACGGUAACAUCAAUGACGACUUUUACAAGGUCGCCGACGAAACCGCCAAAGAGGCCACCAGCAAGGUCACCGAUGACAAGGUCACCAACAACCCUGCCGACGAAGCCACUAGCAACGCCACCAACGACGGGGUCGCCAACAAAUCCGGUGACGAGGACGAGGAACAGUGGUCCACCACUGAGGAUGAUCUCAAUGUCCCAGGUCCAUCUAACAAGACCGACAAGGUGCAUGAAAAGGAAGCCGAACAAGAGAAGGCUGGUCAAGAGGAGGCAGGUCAAGAGGGGGAGCCUGAUAUCGAUGACGAGGUUGCCCCCGAGAAGGUAACCCCCGAGAAGGUAACCCCCGAGAAGGUAACCCCCGAGAAGGUAACCCCCGAAAACGUCACUCCUGAGGAGGUUACCUCUGGGGAGGAGACUGAGUUGGCCCGUGGCGUCGGUCGAGGCCGGAAGCCUAAGGGAAGCUCUGGUCUCAUCACACCUGGUAAUACUCCCCGCGCUCCCCGUCCUUCGCGUGCCGCCAGGUACACCAAGAACUACAAGACCGGCGAGCCCAAGGAGGAUUGA